AUGCCUCAACUAGUUGUGAGGCAGUGGCUUAGGAUUGUCAGUGUGCAAGAGGAAGUGCUGUUACUGGCAGGAUCACUAGAGAUGCAUUGCAAGUUUGUGCUGACUCUGCUGACUGGGCUGGUAGAGUGUAUGUGCUUCGCAGGAGUUACCUUUGGAUGGGCAUCUCUGGUGUUUGUGCUAAAGAAGGAAAAAUAUUUUGAAGAUCUUUGCCCAGAUGCUGCAAAUCAUACUACCAACUCUACUGACAGCUGUCUUCCACAGGAUGAACAUCUUUCUCUUAUAUUCACAGUGGCUGCUUUCAUGAACAAUCUAAUGACCCUUCCAUCUGGUUACGUUUUUGACCGUUUUGGAACCAUGGUGACAAGGUUUAUCGGCAUAUUAUCGUAUACAACAGCCACCCUAUUUAUCACUCUGUCUACAGCAGCAUGUUUCUAUUCAGAGAUAGUCCGCCAUCACCAAACAUUUGUGCUGACUCAGUGCGUUGUUCUGAAGAUGUUGGUCUUGAUGCCAAAGCCCCAGUGCAUUCGGCUCUUGAAACUCGUGUACGGCCUGAAGUAG